AUGGCACCCGAACCGGGCAAGUCCGGUCGUACUAACUGCUGCAAAGGGAUAUUGCAAUUCCCGAAAGAAUUUUCUAUUGGUGUGACUUCCGGGCCUUCUACUGUCGGUUCGACUGAGCUGUACGAGUUAAAUUUUGCCCGACGAGCGUUACGUCUCGUGAAAGAGCGAUUGGGAAUUGCCCAUAUCGAGAAGCUGUUACAGCCGGAUAUUGAAGAAGGCAAUGCCUUUUGGCAGGCAAUCAUCGCAAAGAAUACGACGGGGCAGUUUAAACCCUCGUGUAUCAAUAUGUCGGUGAACGGAUUGUCUCCAGACGAAUUUGUGAAGCGGUUCCACCUCCGCUGCGCGAAAAGAAUUCCUGAUAUGCUUGCUGCUGAGCCGGAGCACUGGGUGGUGACUUCGGAUGCUGAAAACAAUCAAAUGGCCAUUAAAAAUUUGGGGCCCUGGAUCACCCGGCUCUACAUCAAAUUUGGCCCUCCAUCAAUGCCCUGGCAACAGAAGGAUCUGCGCGAGGAUUUUCCCUUCAGAAUAUGCGGCCACGCAGAGAGUGACGAAGGGGUACCUUUAGCCUACAUCCUCCAUCAACUGAAGCCGCAUAAUGUUGGAGUGGGGUUUGACGCGAGGUUUUGCAUAUAUUUCCCUGCUUCUGCACCGGAUGAAAUAUUUGAACAGCACCGACAGCAUCUCCUUGUUGAGUUCACCAACUGGACCCGCCAUUGCUACACUGAGCUGAAAGAGGACAAUGUUCAGGUGUGAAUAGAAUGAGAUGAUAACUUUGUUUUCACAUCAAUUCUAUUGAUGUUUGGUUACACCAAAAUGGUAGGAUGUGGGGGAAAGGAUGCAGGGCGCAGAAUAGGUGUGGACCGCUGCCUGAUAUUGUUCUAUGUAACUAAGUCUUGUUCGAUAAUAGCCAAAUAUUU